AUGUCGGGGUUGAAUCACUCAGGUCCCUCCUUAGUCGCGGUUGCGCGUCUGGCCAACGUGGCUGAGGAAGCUGCAUCUAUCAACCAUCCGAGCAACCUUAAUCCGGAUGAUGAUGCAGCUGAAACGGCCCCGUUGGAGGAAGCGGGGGCAGAAAGCCAAAGUCAGCCUUCCGACGACCCGGAUCGCUUGGCCAUAGUCCUGGUGAAAGGGCCUCCCCUCAAGAAGCCGCGUUUGACGCGCGAUCUACAGUCCGGACUCUUUGAGCGGCUUCAAGAGCGGCAGCAAGAGAUUGAAAUUAGCUGCGCUUCUGCCCAUGACGCUCAUCCGGAUGGAGGCGAGGUGGAGAUGGCUACUGAGACCUCAGCCGCUCCGGCAAUAAUUCCGGCUGAGGAUGCAUCCGGACCUAUGUGCCCGGACGAAAAUAUGGGGGCUCCGAUUCCGGGACACGAGCUACCCUCUCCUUCCUCAUCCGAGGAGGAAUCUGCUGACGAUGCCGCUCCCGCUAGCCCUUUCAGCUACGCGGAGUUGGAAGUUAAGUUAAAGCAGAUUACUCCUGACUGGAAAGCCAUCAAGCCCUCUGCUAAGAUGUUUGAUAUGAUAGAAACGCUGGUGAGGGGCCUCCGCAGCAUGUCUCAACAACACGAUCUUUUUACUCAGCUGCUGCAGACUGCAGACUAUAUGAGGACCUUCUCCUCUCGGCGCCAAGAGAUUGAAAAUCAGCUGCGUCUGAGAAUGGAGGAGGCUGAGGCCAAUUUAUCCACCAUGCGAGAGGAAAAUGAAGCCCUCCGAGCGGAGCUGGCUGAGGCGAAGAAUCGCGAAGAAUCGACUGCGGGUCGCCUAUAUGAGGCGGAGGGUGAGGCAGCCCGGCUGAGGGAUGAAGUGAGUCAACUCCGGACCGAGGUUUCGAAUGAAAAGAAACAGAAGGAAGACUUGCAGCUGCGUCUAGAAGUGCAAAAAGAGGAACUUGAACGGGAGUUUGCUGUGGAAAGAGAGGAACUUGCAGCGGAUUACCAGCAACAAGUGGAUGAUACGUUUAUUUUUGGGUAUCGCUGCUGCAUGAAGAAGAACGGCAUUAAGCGAGAUACCCCUUCAAUUCCUCCGGGUGAAGAAAAGAAGCUCCAUGAGAAGCCCGCUCCCUGAUAGUUUAUCCCUUUUUGCAACUUUUCUGCUGUAAUUUUUCCUUCUGUAUUUUUUUUGUGGUCCGGAGAUCUCUUUGUAAUUACAUUUAUUCAUAUCAAUAAAACAUACUUCUUUCUCA